CCCCGGAUGUUCUUGUGCUCUUCCGCAGCGGCUGAGCGCUGCGGCGGCGGCCAAAUAGGAAUCAUGGCUCGGCGGGCUUUUUAUCCCCUUUAUCAGUUAGGAAAUCCUCCAACAAGAAUUUUCCGGACAGAUUACUUCUUGACCCUGGUGAGGCCUGGCGUCCCACUGCCAGAAGAUACGGUACAGUUCCGCAUCCCCAUGGACAUGACAAGAGUAGAAUUGAAAGAGUACCUUGAAAAAAUAUAUAAUGUGCCAGUAGCUGCUGUACGAACCAGGAUACAGUUUGGCUCAAACAAACAGAGGGAUGACAGAAAUAGACGAAUCAAGAAGCCAGACUACAAGGUUGCCUAUGUACAGCUGGCUGAAGGACAGACUUUCCAGUUUCCAGACUUGUUUCCAGACAAGGACAAAGCUCCUGAGCCUGAGUCUUCUGAAGAAAUUGAGAACAAAAUUGAAAAAGAGAAACAGAAGAAAAUUAAUGAUCUUAAACGUGGAGAUGUUCCCAACUGGUUUUGGCAUUGAUAGAAGAUCUGCUGUUUUAGGUUGGGGACCUUGGAGGGAUAUGAACACUUUUCAUCCAGUCUUAGACUUCCUUUUUAAAUGUCAUUGUAUUUGUAAGAGCUUUACAAAUAUAUUUAAUCCCUA